AAAAAAACAGCAGAAACUAAUAGUCCAAAUUGGAUAAUAGCUUCACAAUGGCAGAAUACAGAGGAAUUCAACAACAACAACCACAUCAUUCAUCUGAAUUUGUGUUGUAUGCUUGUGAUACAGGCCAAGCAUUAACAUUGAGGUUGAAUCAUAAUAUUCACAAGAAACAACACAGGCCUAGGCCUACUGGAAAGAAACCUUUUCAUUGUGGUAUUUGUGGACUAGGUUUUGAUAUGACAAGAAAACUAAGUAAUCACAUCAAAAUACAUAAGGCUGAGAAACCAUACGAAUGUAAUGUUUGUGGAAAGUGUUUUCCCAAAUUGUUCAAUCAUACUGAGCACAUGAGAAGAAAACAUACUGGAGAAAAACCAUACAAAUGUGAGGUUUGUAAAAAGAGUUUUGCUAUAGCAAGUGAUCUUAAAGUUCAUAGGAGACGACAUACCGGAGAAAAACCAUACAAAUGUAAAGUUUGUGAAAAGAGUUAUAUUACAGCUGGUCAAUUUAAAGUUCAUAUGAGAAGACAUACUGGAGAAAAACCACACAAAUGCGAUGUUUGUGAAAAGAGUUUUAUUACAGCAAGUGAAAUUAAAGUUCAUGUGAGAAGAGCCCAUACUGGAGAAAAGCCGUAUAAAUGUGAUAUUUGUGAAAAAAAAUUUAAUACUGCAAGUGAUCUUAAAGUUCACAAAAGAACACAUACUGAAGAUAAACCAUACAAAUGUGAAGUAUGUGAAAAGAGUUUUAGUGAGUUAAGCUAUCUUAAGGUUCACAUGAAAACACAUACUGGAGAUAAACCACACAAAUGUGAUCUUUGUGAAAAGAGUUCUGUUACAGCAAGUGAUCUUAAAGUUCAUAUAAGAAGAGCCCAUACUGGAGAAAAACCAUAUAAAUGUGAUGUUUGUGAAAAGAGGUUUGUUACAGCAAGUGAAUUUAAUGUUCACAUGAAGAGACAUAGUGGAGAAAAACCAUACAAAUGUGAUGUUUGUGAAAAGAGGUUUGCUAUAGCAAGUGAAUUUAAAGUACACAUGAGAAUGCAUAGUGGAGAAAAACCAUACAAAUGUGAUUUUUGUGAAUGGUGUUCUUUUCAGCCAAAUUCCCUUAAUUUGCACAUGAGAACCCAUACUGGAGAGAAACCAUAUCAAUGUGAUGUUUGUGGGAAAUGCUUUAUAACUUCAUGCAGUCAUAAAGUUCAUAUGAGAAUACAUACUGGAGAGAAACCAUACAAAUGUGAUGUUUGCAAAAAGAGUUUCUCAGUCUCAAAUAAACUAAAAGUACACACCAAAAUACAUAUGAAAGAA